UCAUCCCCUCCCACUCGGCUCGGUUGUCUUCCUGGCUGCACUGGGCCAACAGCUUCCAGGUUUACGGCACCAAAUGUAUCUUAUUCGUUGAGUACAUGACUCCAAUUUCGACGAAGCUGACACUGAUGAAAGCUCGCCCAGCCCUUCCCGAGUUGGAGGACGAAUUCCGGAUUUUGGAAAACAAUGUACCUAUUCACGUUUCCAUCCCCACCAAAUCCAAUAGGAAGCAAGAAACUAGCAAAAAGUCCAGCAGUUACGAAGGUAGCUCAAUGGAUGGAGGCUCCAAGGACAACAGGCAGGAUCUGCCCAGCAGAAAGACAGUAAAAGAGCAGAUGGACUGCAAAAAAAACAAAAGGAACGAGCCGAUGCUCGAUAGUGACACCUCCCUCCCAAAAAAUCAACUGUAUCCACGUCAGGCGGCCGCCGACCGACCAAAAGAGGGAGACGGAGGCCCAACGGACGGCCGGAUUGUCCGACGUUCUUCUAGGAUAAAAAAGGCUUUAAAAGCCGUCGGAGACCCUCCCAAGAGCGGGAAGCUGGAUGCAAAAGUCAAAAGAAUGAAGGCACGUCAUUGGGAUCGUGCCAAUGGUGACCUGCCGUCCCCUUCAGAUUUUGACUUGAGGAAUCUCAGCCCUACAUCUGGUGGAACAUUCCAACAAAACCGGCAGUCUUCUCAUUGCGGACCACCCAAUGAGCGGUGGAGAGCUACCAGCAUUCUGAAGGACGCCAAGGCGGACCCCCUUCAUCUUCUAAACCCAGCUCACAAAAGGUCCAACCUAGGCAAGGAAACAAAAGCCCCCCGAAGCAGAGGUCCGCCAGAAUCAGAAGGAGGUGCCGUCGGGCAACUCCUCGGUCGAAGGGCAGCUCGGGUGCCGAAAACUCUUGAAUCCUCCGGGGACCGUUUCUCUUGCCUAAACUUAUCUAGCAACAAAGAAUCUGCUCAUAGUGAUGACGUCCCGCUGAAGGUCUACAUUCCCGACAACCUCAACAGAACCUUCAUUGUGGACGGAGGUCGAGCCAGCCCGGAAAGCAUUGGCCCCUCACGCAACAUGUCAGGAAAAACGAUGCUAUGGAAUUGCCCGCGGUGGGAGGCGCCAAGUAGGUGGGGGAUACUUUUUGCCCAGCUGGCUUGGUCCCUGUCCGUCCACCCUGGUGGACGAGAGGGUAGUCUCCCUCCACUUUUGGGUGGGGAGACGUGUCCUGAUUGUUGUUUUUGCCUCUGCACCAAACAGUGGUUCAGAGUGCCCAUCCUUUUUGGAGUCCUUGGAGGGGGUCCUAAAGAGCGCUCCCGCUGGGGAAUCCACGUGUGCAAUGACAGUAAGACCUGGAAGAGCGUGAUUUAGAAGAAUGGCCCUCCCUAUCAGAAGCCGAGCGGCGUUUUGUCAAUGGAGUUCUGGUCUCGUAACGGAUUGUCAAUAAUGAACACCAUGUUCAAACAUAUGGGUGCCUACACGUCCACUUGGAACCAAGUCACCCAAGAUUACAAUUUGAUGAUCAACUUUGUGGUUGUGUCAUCGGAUUUGCGUCAUCAUAUCUUAGACACUCAAGUGAAGAGAGGGGUGGAGCCUUCAACUGAUCACAACCUGACCAGAUGGUGAGUUGACUUGAUGGUGGGGAAAGACGCUUGUCCGACAUGGCAGUCCCAAAUGUAUUGUGACGAAUCACUGUGAGAAAGUGUUUCAACUCUCACCUCCGAAAGAACUUUGCUCAUGUUGUGGGGAACAUUUAGUCCGAGUAGACAAUGCUCCACGCCAUCAUUAAUGAGGCGGCCGACCAGGGCCGUGGCUAUAAAGUGGUCGGUGCCUCUGAUAAGGGAUGGGGAGACCUUCAUGGCUUUUGGGACUCCCAAGGCAGGUCAUGGGUACCAGAUCACCAAGCGGAAUGCAGCUUCAGUAGUCACUGAAGCAAAAACCUGGAUGUGGAAGGAGUUUGGUGAGGCCACGGAGAAAGACUUCCUGAUGGCUUCGAAGAAAUUCACCAUCUGGCGUCUCAGGAGGAGGAAGCAGUGCACCAUCAACAUUGUGUGUAUUGAGGAUGGGGCGCUGCUGACCUCGACUCGGGGAGUUGUGAGUUAGUGGGGAGAAUACUUUGAAGACCUCCUCAAUUCCACCGACCCGCCUUCUCAUCAGGAAACAUAGUCUGGGUUCUCUGAGGUGGGCUCUCUUAUCUUGAGGUCACCAAGGUGGUUAAAAAGGUCCUCGGUGACAAGGCCCGGUAGUGGAUGAGUGUCGUCUGGAGUUCCUAAAGGCUCUGGAUGUUGUGGGGCUGUCCUGAUUGACACAGCUGACUGGAGAGGUGGACCCCCUUUUUAAGAAGGGGGACCAGAGGGGCAUCAUACUCCUCAGCCUUCCCGGUAAGGUCUACAGUGCCGUGAAAAAGCAUUUGCCCCCUGAAUGAGUUCUGUGUUUUUUGGGGUUUUUUUUUUUUUUGCAUAGCUAUCACACAGAUUUCAAAUCAUCAAACCAAUUUUGAUGUCACUUAGACAACCCAAGGAAAUACAAAAUGUAAUUUUCAAAUGACAUUUCAAUUUAUUCAGGCCCCCAAACCUUUCUGGCACUCUCUGAAAAGGUAAUUGCUCCCCUUGUUACAUCAAAAGGUAACUGUGACUAACUACAAAUUUGGUAAAAGCGAGUCUGAAAAAGGUUACAAACCCAUUUCCAAGGCUUUGGGCUCCAGCGAACCACUGUCAGAGUCAUUAUCCACAAAUGUAGAAAGCUGGGAACAGCUGCAAACAUUCCCAGGAGUGGACGACCAACUAAAAUUACUCAGAGUGUGCCAACGACUUAUCCAGGAGGUCACAAAAGAGCCUCAUGCAAUAUCUAAAGACCUGCAGGCCUCACUGACCUCAGUUAAGGUCAGGGUUCAUGACUCUACCAUAAGAAAGACACUGGCUAAAAAUAGCAUCCAUGGCAGAGUUCCCAGGCGCAAACCCUUGCUGUCAUCAAAGAACACAAAGGUUCGUCUCACUUUCGAGAAACAAUAUCUUGAUGAUCGCCAAGACUUUUUGAGAAACGUUACGUCGAUUGAUGAGUAAAAAGUUAAGUCUUUUGGGACAAUGUUUAGCCCAUUAGAUCUGGCGUAAAAAUGGCAUAGCCUUUGAUAAAAAGAACAUUAUGCUAACCGUGAAGCAUGGUGGUGACAGUGUGAUGGUCUAGGGCUGCAUUGAUGCCUCAGGACCAGGACAACUUCCCUUGAUUGGUAGAACAAUGAAUUCUGCUGUGUACCAGAAAAUCCCGAAGGAGAACAUCCAGCCAUCAGUUUAUGCCGUCAAACUCAAACAUUCUUUGAUCAUGCAGCAGGAUAACAAUCAGAAACACACCAAGUCCACUUCUGAAUGGCUCAAAAGAAGACAAAAUUAAGGUUUAGGCGUGGCCAGGGCAAAGUCCGGAUUUGAAUCCAAUUGAGAUGCUGUGGUGUGAUCUUAAACAGGGAGUUCGUGCUAGAAAAAUGCUUCAAUAUGGCGGAGUUGAAACAGGAGCGAUAUGAAAGCAGUCACUCACAUUUAACGAGCGCGACCGCGCUCGCGCGCCUUUGCGGUUGCAAAUCUGCAUAGUCGAGCACGAAAAAAUGUGAUGUUGUGAGGGAGGACAUGAGGACAAUGGGUGUUAGAGAGCAGGAUGCACGAGAUAGGCUUAGAUGGAAAAAUAUGACACGCUCUGGCGAGCCCUCAGAAAAAGAUAAUAUAAAGAAUACCACCAUAACAUGCUGAUAAUGUUUUGACACAUCUGUUGUUGUUUUGACACUUGGAGUUACGCAGCAGCUUGAUAUACAUCAAUCAUACUAUGAGAAGAGGUUGUGUGUACACAAUAUCAUGAAAAUAUUUUACUUAUUGUGAGAACUAAAAGAGGUUAAGUUGUUUACUUUAUUACUGUGACAAUAUUUCACUGAUAAUAUACCACUAUAUUAGUUGAGCUAAACAAACUCAUGAUUGGAUGUUAGUGAACAAUCACUCUCGAAGCACAUUUAGUCAUUGUAUUACAAUAUAAUGUAUUAUGUAACUAAUUCAUGUUAAAAUAAAGAUUUCAGGCAAAAGGGAUGGACUACGCACUUCAUCGUUUUUGUUUUUGUUUUUCAAUAUUGUAAGAUCAUAGAGUAAAGUGAUUUAAAUGCAGAAAAAGUCAUGUAUACAUUUUGGAAAAUUUAAAUCAACAAAACCGUCAACACUAGUGAAUUGAUGAACAUGCAAAAUGAUUUAAUAUUGUAAUAUCUUGUCAAGUGAAUGGAUUGAAUGCUGCAGCUGCAGCAAAGUAACUUACUUCAUUCCUCUAUUAUGUUUAAAUAAUGUAGUGUAAUAUCGCACUGGAGUAGAGUGAUCUGAAUAAUUCGGGCAGGAGCAGUGUAUAAGAGAUGGUCUACAUUGAAAGUACCAAAAGCAUCACACAUAAUUUGUUUCUGAAUAUGUGAAUAAUUAUAAUAAGUGUGACAUUCUUGUGAGAGAUUGAGACUGCGCUUACAUGGACACGUCUUUGAUGCCGGCCGAGAUUGAAUGCGCAUGCAUGGAGACGCCUUUGAGGGCGGUCCUCUAUAAAACUUAGACUGAUGUAUUUGCGAUAGAUAAUAAAAUUUAUUACAAGGCUGACGAGACAAUAAAUCAUGCCCCCGCAGCCUGUUUACAUAUCGCCGCUCCGUUUGAGCCUGGGUGAGUUUCUGUCACGAAUAUUGGAUAAAGGGUCGGACCCAAAUGCUGGACUCUGAGCCAGUGAUGUGAUUUCGAGGGUGGUUUUAUUGCAGGCAGAGGUCAUACACAGGUGCACAAUCCCAACAAAGGCAAGGCCACAAAAACAAGAGGCAAAGGUCCAAAAACACGACAAAUUCAGGGUGUAGUCCGCCUUUCCCCCAAAGUUAGCUGGGAUAGGUUCCAGCUUUCCUGCAACUCUUGUGAGGAUAAGCGGCUUGAAUAAUGAUAUGUUAUGACAAAUUGUGUGCAUGUGCGCUGAGGCUGCGUCCCAGCCUCAGCCAGAAUGUGCCUUCAGCGGCCCUGAUGUGAAUGGACUUUUGAGACCACUGAUAUACAUAAUCAGGGGAAAACCUGUAUUACCAAAAAAAUAAAAAUAAAAAAAAUCUGUUUAAAACACUGACAAUUUUGAGUCACAGGCCUUGCCAUGUCUCAACAGGCGGGAUGGUAAUGGUAGAUAUUAUACAGACAUUUUCGCACCUUUGGAUUAAAUUCUUACUCAAAAAGAUUUUGUAGAUCAUGUCUUAAUUGCUACAAACACAAUACUCAAGGGAACUGCAGACCUAAGAGAGGGCAGUUUCCCCAAGGUAGUCAGCCUUUCCAGUUUUUACACAUUAAUUUUAUUGAGUUAAACAGCAUUACAAAUGUUUAGUUUUGAUCUGGUCCUUAUCUAAACGGGUGGAGAUUUUGCCAUGUAGAGUGCUGAUGCUAUUACUGUGGCAAAGUUCUUGUGUAAGUAUAUUAUUCCUUCUCAUGGCAUCCCAGAAAAAUUGUAUGGCAACAAUGUGACAAAUUUUGUUAAUGAAAAAAAAAUGAGUCAAGUAUCUGCAACUCUAGAAAUAUUUAAAAAAAAAUCAUUGUGCAGAAUUAGUGGAACGAAGCAAUGGGACAGUGAAGUCUUGAUUAAGGAAAACUACAUUUAGUAAAACUAUAUAUGAAAAUAACCCCAACAGAUAAAGGAUUGUUCCCAU